UCCGCUAGACCGGAGCGCGCGUCGUUAAAUAGGCCACCACUUGGUGAGAUGGAGUUUAACCCCCAAAAUCCCAGGAAAAAUUACUGAAGAAUGAGUGGAGAGCUGAAGAGGGACUACGAGAUUGGCGAGGAGAUCGGUCGCGGCCGCUUCGGCGUGGUCCACCGCUGCACGUCGCGCGCCACCGGCGAGGUGUUCGCCGUCAAGUCCGUCGACCGCUCGCAGCUGGCCGACGACCUCGACCGGGAGCUCGCGGAGCUCGAGCCCAAGCUGGCCCAGCUCGCCGGCGCGGGCAACCCGGGCGUCGUGCAGGUGCACGCCGUGUACGAGGACGAGGCGUGGACGCACAUGGUGAUGGACCUCUGCGCCGGCCCGGACCUGCUCGAUUGGAUCCGCCUCCGCCGCGGCGCGCCCGUGCCCGAGCCCGUCGCUGCCGCCGUCCUGGCGCAGCUCGCGGAGGCGCUCGCGCACUGCCACCGGCGCGGCGUGGCCCACCGCGACGUCAAGCCCGACAACGUCCUCCUUGACGUCGUCGUCGGUGACGACGACGGCGCGGCGGCGCCGCGCGCGCGGCUGGCCGACUUCGGGUCGGCCGCGUGGGUCGGCGAGAGCGGCGGCAGCGCCGAGGGGCUCGUGGGGACGCCCCACUACGUGGCGCCCGAGGUGGUGGCCGGCGGGGAGUACGGCGAGAAGGCCGACGUGUGGAGCGCCGGCGUGGUGCUCUACGUGAUGCUCUCCGGCGGCGCCCUCCCCUUCGGCGGCGAGACUGCGGCCGAGGUGCUGUCCUCCGUGCUCCGGGGCAGCGUCAGGUUCCCUCCCAGGCUGUUCGCCGGCGUGUCCCCGGCGGCCAAGGACCUCAUGAGGCGCAUGAUGUGCCGCGACACCUGGAGGCGCUUCUCCGCGGAGCAAGUCCUCGGUCACCCGUGGAUCGUGAGCGGCGGAGGAGCUCGAGCGAUGGAGCAGCCAACCUGAGCGGCGGCCGUCCACGUCAGGGCAGCGACCGAAUCAGUCGGCGCCGUACGCGUGUCGCCGUAGUCCGGGGGAGAUACGGCGAUAUUUCACAGCCGUUUUGUCUAUACGGUUUUGUAUAUACGAUGCGUGCGACGGUAGAGGAUAAAUCCUGCACCUGGAUGCUGCAGGGUUUCGCGAGUAUUUGCAGAGUUGCAGUAGAGAGUAAUCAGAGUAUCGACCAAAUAAGCUACUACUACUAGGCUUCAGUUUUUUUCCCCCGGUUUCAGCCUUGUAGUCUUAAUUUUCGCCUACGUUUUUGUAUGAUGAUGAGUCAGGCUGUACAUAUACGCUAACGUACGUAUGUAGUAAGGCUUUUGUACAAAUGGAUCGGAGAUGAAUAAAAUCGGUCUUGUGCUUUUGCUUCU